AUGGCAGGUCAUCUUGAAUUCAAGGAAUCCAAAAGGCUUUGUAUCGUGACCUCCCCUAACAGCACGGUGGAAGUCAGCGUACGCCGAUACACAGGCACCGAGUGCGAGCCUUUCCACGACUUGGCUCAGGACUCGUUUUCUCCCAGCAAGCUGGAUUUGACUCACUUUCUACCGAAAGAUCCAAUCGCAAAGCACCCCGUCUGCUUAAUCCAAAUUAGUCUCAUUCAAGGAGGGCUGGCCGUAGGGUUUCGAGUGGACCACGCAGCCGGAGACUGGGUAUCUCUCAGCACCUUCAUAUCGCUCGUCUGUCAAAGCAGCAAGGCACAUCGCGAAGGCCUGGACAUGCCCACCUACACUCCAGACCUCAAAAGAGAUCCUUACAAUGCUCCUGCCCUAGACUCUACGAUCUCGCAACAAGACCGACUCGCUCAACUCCCCCUGUUCCACAUCAUCGAGAAGAGCAAGUUCCAAUUCCAGCCACCACCCCCAAUUCGCGCCGGCAUCUACCGCAUCACAGAGCCCACCAUUCAACAGCUCAAAGCUCGAUGUACCCCCCACCUAGACCAGGUCGAGUACAUAACAUCCUACGACUGCAUCUCGGCCCUCCUGUGGAGGGCACUCACCCGGGCCCGUCUACACAUCCACCCCGACCAAGUCAACACUCCAUCCCGCUUCGUCCACCCCAUCGACGUCCGAUCCCGCGACCCAGAGCACAAAACAUCUCUCCAGUACUUCGGCAACGCCGUAAUCGGUACCCUUGCUGGACCAGUACCAGCCACCACACUCAUAUCCAACGGGGACCGCGGCCUUGCCGCAGCAGCUACCAAGAUCCGUCAAUCCAUCCAGGCCGUUGACAUAUCUAAGAUUGAACAUCUCACGGCACUGCAAACCUCCCUCGCAGACACGGAGAUGCUUAUCCCAAACGCGGACUUUGCAGGCAUGGAUCUGUUCAUGAACACAUGGUAUGCAGGGAGCGCAGCCAAGUAUGAUCUGGGAGCGGCGACAAGGCCUGUGGCUUUUCGGGUGCAGGCGGGGGUACCGGGGGCUUGCGCGAUAAUUCUGCCGGAUUUGUCUGAGAGUGAUACGAGGGUGUUUGAGGUUUUUGUGCAAGCGCCGGAGAAGGAGUAUGAGGCUUUGGUGAGGGAUGUGGAGUUUAUAAAUUGUUUCGAACAGGUUGCGUGA